AUGUCUAAUUUGUUCUCUGGAAUCAGUGAACGCCUCCGAGCUGGUAGGAACAACCGUGGUAAAAUUCCGGAGCUACUGAAUGAAACGCAACCCAUAUUCCCCAAAAACUCAAACUCACCGCCGCCGAUGGAAGAUAGUAGUGAUAAUACCCUCUCAGUCUAUCCAGGACCAGGUCUACCUCCGCUAAAGCCUCUAUGGCUUAAUAAGGCCUAUGUCAAGCAUAUUGUCAAGGGAAACUUUAUGACGCUUUCUACGCAGCCAAAAACCAUCGAACAAGGGGAAUGGAUCGCUCAUCAAGUCGUCGAACAUUACAAGCUUUUGUGUGGGUUUGUCAAGGUUAUUCUCGACAAAGACGAGAAUGGGGAAACUGUUUGUAAUGCAAAGACCUGCCCUCGUAUGUCUGCUAGCGAUAAACAUUGCUUUACAUGGCUGAACUCAACACAAGAGCCAGUAGAAAUUUCGGCCCAUGAUUACAUCGCACUUGUACAGUGUUGGAUUUCUGGCAAGAUUGAUGACACUACUAUUUUUCCAACCGAUCCUGCCAGUGUUUCAGCAGCCUACGCAUUGGAAGGUCUUUCACCUGACCAGCAGCAGAAUCCAAUCCCAACCGAUCCUACCCGUGCACAACUAUAUAGCUCCAACGACUGGGUUGGCAAGGGUAGCGGGUAUCCUCCAGAGCUCGUUAAUAUUUGUUAUAUCAUCUUCCGGCUGAUGUUCCGAAUUUACGGACAUCUCUAUUGGUCUCACUUCGUGGAUCCAGUCUUCCAUCUCGGACUCGAAAAGCAUCUGAAUAGUUCCUUUAGUCACUUCAUUCUCACUGCUACCGAAAUCGAUAUGCUAAAGACUGAAGAGCUCCAGCCAAUGCAACCAUUGAUUGAUCUUUGGGCUGCGAAUGGAACUUUCCCUCCGGAGUCGAAAGUUUACAAGUAUGCAGAUUUACAAGCUGGACAGCGAUUGUUAACUACUCAAGAGCUCUCAUAG